AUGGCCACCCAAAGGGUUAUAAUCUUGGCAAUUGCAGCUGCUAGCUUAGUUUCCAUGGCUUGUGCCAUAUCUGGAACUGCCACCUUCUAUAUUCCUCCCUAUAUUCCAUCAGCAUGCUUCGGAAAUGUAGACCAAGGCACGAUGAUAGCCGCGGCUAACCGUGACUUGUACAACAAUGGUGCGGCUUGUGGGCAGAGUUACACGGUCACGUGCACGGGUGCCAACUGUCGUAAUGGUGCGGUUACAGUUCGGAUCGUGGACCUGUGUCCCGGUUGUGGGCCCAACCAGCUCGACCUCUCCCAGGAAGCUUUCGCCAUUAUUGCCGACCCGAAUGCCGGAAGAAUCCAGAUUGAUUAUACCCCGGCUUAA